CGGUCCAGACGUAUGACGUCGCACCCACGUCUUACGUCAACUCAAAAUCGAAGUAGAUUUCUCCAGGCGUACUCUCUUUAUUUUCUGCAUUGCAAUAAAUAUUUUGUACAUACAUUCUUUAACAUGGUAUGUUUAAAUCCACGGGGACUUACCGCCGUACAGGAAUAUCUUUGAGGAAUACCUCGUAUGGGAUCGAACUCUACCUUCUCUCAGCUAAGCUUACGUUAUUGCAUCUAUUAGCAAAACUUGCUAGUUAAGAAGCUAGCGCUAGCACUUAGCUCUCCCUACCGUCGAGCUAGCUAUGCAUUAGCACUGUAGCCUAACCCGCUACCCAGUGACAACUGACAAAGGGCACGGAUGAUGUGAUCCUGAACAUGCCAGAGUGAAGAAAGUUUUUCCUGCUUGGUUCAUUACCAAAUACAGUUGACACAAUCCCUCAACGUUGCUUCACAAUAUACCUUCCCGAUCAUCCAGACAGCACACCGGCCUGCAGUUCCCCUUGGACCUGAACCAUGUGAGGGCCCCUCGGUCCAGUCUGAGGGGAUCCCAGGACUGUUGCAAAGUACAACCCCGCUGUGCGGGGUGGGACUGAGCCUGUCUCUGUCUGAGAGAGCAGACUUUGCUGUACAACCUCCCCAUCCAAACAUUCCUGUUCUCCUUACCCAGGAGACACGCCAUGAUGUUCCGAGAUCAGGUAGGUAUCCUGACAGAUUGGUUCAAGGGCUGGAAUGAGUGUGAACAGACGGUGGCACUGUUGUCCCUCCUGAAGAGGAUGUCCCGUACCCAGGCUCGCUUUUUACACAUCUGCCUUGAACACUGGCUGGCAGACUGCACAGAGAUCCACAUCCUAGAAGCCGAGGCUAACAAUGCAGCAAUCGUCAGCCAGUGGCAUCAAGAGCCAAAGGAGAAGGUUGUGUCCUUGCUGCUGUCCCAUCUGCCGCUGCUGCAGCCCCGCAACAGCGAGGCCAAAUGUGAGUACAUGAAGCUGCUGCAGAAGGUGUUGAGUCACACUAUUGAGAGUAGCCUGUUUGUGGAAGAAAGCAGGCAGCUGCUGUCCUAUGCACUCAUCCACCCUGCUACCACACUGGAUGACCGCACCUCUCUUGCCAUGUGGCUUAACCACCUGGAGGAGCACCUAUCUAGUGGCUAUGCACCCAGGGCACCAUCCAGCCCCUACCACCCCCGCCAGGGCUCAGAUGAAUGGCCAAGCUCCGCUGAAGGUCUGGACCCUGGCCACGCCUGGCACGAUAAGUCCCCUUCAUCCGGCACGUCUCCAGCAGGCCAAAACGGACACAUGCCCUUCCCAGCUGGGAUGUCAUCUCCCAUCAACAGCAAUAACACAGGUUUGGGAGGUCAGCUCCAGCCCAGUCCUAUGAAGAAGGCUAUGUCUGUUAUUCCUUCCAGUACCCAGGCUUGUGGCUCUGAGUGGAUUAGCCCAGAUGACGCAGGGGGCCGGCAGAAUUUCAUUCCUACAGAUCACGCUCCCCUCUCACCCCAGAGCAGCGUAGCUUCCUCGGGCAGCGAGCAGACAGAAGACCAGGGCUCCAGUCGCAACACGUUCCAGGAGGACGGCAGCGGCAUGAAAGAUGUUCCCGCAUGGUUGAAGAGUCUCCGCCUUCAUAAAUAUGCAUCACUUUUCUCCCAGAUGACCUAUGAAGAGAUGAUGAUUCUCACAGAGCAGCACCUGGAGUCGCAGAAUGUCACCAAAGGGGCACGGCAUAAGAUCGCCUUGAGUAUACAGAAGCUGCGAGAGCGGCAGGGUGUGCUCAAGUCUUUAGAAAAGGACAUUUUGGAAGGGGGAAACCUGCGAAACGCUCUCCAAGAGCUGCAACAGAUCGUCAUCACACCCAUCAAGCCCCACUGCCCCCCUUGCUUGACGCCGAUUACCGCAGACACAGUUACCGCCUCGGACGCGGCCACAUCCUCUUCAGACGGCACAAAAACAGCAGACGAAGAGCCGAACUCGGAGGGCUUCCAGACCCACAACCCACCUCCUUGUGAUGGAGACUCCUCGGCCACACCCAUCUCAGACGGCGACAUUGCUGGACAGUUCACCCGCGUCAUGGGCAAAGUGUGCACCCAGCUGCUGGUGUCCAGGCCAGAUGAAGAGAACAUCAGCUGCUACCUUCAGCUCAUUGAGAAGUGUCUGUCACACGAGGCAUUCACAGAAACACACAAGAAAAGGUUGGUCUCCUGGAAGCAGCAGGUCCUCAAACUCCUCCGCCUUUUCCCUCGGAAAGCGAUGCUGGACAUGCCUGUGUAUCGACAAAAAGGCUGGACCUAUGGGUCCAACUCCCUCCCCACAGCAGGCUCUGUGAGCGGAGGUGUAGCGAGGCGGGGCCAAAGGCAGUUCCAGAUCACACCCCGUGGACUUCCAGCUGGUCGAAUGGGUCUCCUGAGUCCUGGUGGGAUCGGGGGAGCGUCUCCACGACACACACUCACCAGCCCUUCGCUGGCCGGGCAGGGUAGACAGAGCCUGUGGUUUGCCAACCCCGGGGGCAGUAACAGCAUGCCAAGUCAGAGUCGCAGCUCUGUGCAGCGGACUCACUCACUCCCUGUCCACACAUCCCCACAAACCAUGCUCAUGUUCCAGCAACAAGAAUGCCAAGUUCCAGGUGCCGACCUGGAGAUCAACCCCACGCUGGAGUCACUGUGCCUCAGUAUGACGGAGCAUGCCUUAGGGGAUGGAACAGACCGGACAUCGACAAUAUGAGAAGAAGAAAAGGAGAAACACACUUCAGCUGAGGCCCGUUAAGUUCCUCGUCACCCAGCACAAAGAUAUACGUAUGCUUAAGAAAACCAGGCAAAGCAGUCACUACAAAAUGACAAAAAAACUGUGUAUAUGUUCUCGAAUAUUUUUGUACUUUAUUAUAUACAACUAAGUUUAUUAAAAAAUGGAAUACAGAUGAUUAUUAUAUUGCAGGACAGAGGAGACAAAAAAGCAAACUACUCCGUGUCACCUGCAGGACUGUGACAUGGUGUGCAGAGGCUCAGUUUGCCGUGGUCUGAGAGAAAAACGGUGGAUUGGUGCUGUCUUAUAGGGGUUCUGCCCUGUUAGUUACUCUUCUUUUCCUCCUGCCUUGGAGCAAGGCUUCCUCCCACAACACACUGACAGUCACGGCCCCUGCACCACAUGGUGUGUAAAUUCAGACAAUUUCCAGCCAGAAGUAAGGCACUUUUAUUAAAUUAUAUCUGAUAUUAGCCAUUAAACUGUGAUUGGCCUUAGGAUGAACUCACUAAGGUUCCACUUGAAGACAGCUGUGGAUAUACAGAUACAGAUACACUCCUCUGGUCGCUCAAAUUGUUCCAGUAGAGAGAGCUUGUGUUGGUUGAAACUUAGACAGCUUUUCUCUGUUCUUUUCCUUCUCUCUAGGGAACAUUUUUAGUGGCAAAGGAGGUCCAAAAGGAUUUAGAAAAAGCUUGUAAUCCGACCAAACCCUUUGUCUCGGUUGUUUUCCCAGAACACAUAAUCAAAGUAGAAGUGACUGUCCUCCAAACUUCUACAAAGCCAAAGAGAAGGGUUGUGCGAUUGUUAUUUUGAGAUGGAUAUUUGUAGUGAAAUGCAACAGAAUGGUAUGAUAUUUUUUCUUUCAAAAGAACAGCAGUUCGAAGAAUUUAUGCCAGCUGCAAUUUGUCUCUGUUAUUUUAUGCCCUACUACAUAAAUGAUGAUGAAUCUCAUAUUGUGCCGAGGAAUCCCCAGAGGGGUGAAAAGGGGCUGGUGUACAGUGCGAGAGCUGAUUUGGUACCGAAUUGAUAAAAGCUAGGAGGGGCGAGUGUUUUCAAUUUACACUCUAAUGCCGGGUGAGAAAACUAAAUGAAACCCAUCUCAGCCCUCUGGCCCCCUCAUGAUUGGCUCUGGAAAAUGAAGCUUGAUCUCGUAAUAAAUGAUCGGGAGCGCAGCGCCUUGCCCUCACAGUGCCCUUUUCCUCAAAUGGCCAACUUGAUGAUUUGAUGAAUCAUGAUUUUUAAGGUGCUUGACGAUGUCCAUAUUUUUCUGUUUGUGUCUCAAUGUGUUUCAGUCUCAAAACCCUAACAUUAUCAUGUGGUAUCAGUGUUGAAUCCAAAACUGUCUUAUACAGCCUCUGUCUUUGAAUGUGGCAGAGCGGAGGUGCAUGUAUGUGAAAUACGGUCUUAACUUUUGGAUCACUUUUGGUUGCAUCAUAAGGCAGGGAUAACCAUUCACAUUUUAUUUCAGCAGAGCCAUAGGAGGUCUGUCUAGUAAAGAUGGUUAUUUACAGAUAUCUUUUCCAAUUGUAUUUUUUACUCUCCCUUGAUAUUGAUAACUUAUGCUUAUUUUCUAUAAUCGCAUGUUUUUGCCACACUAAUACAGCACUGUUGUAGAUAGAGGACAUGGUGGUUGAUGGUGUCCAGAUUCACCAACAGCCAGAAAGAAGCAGAAAUCUUGCAACUCAUGUUGUAUGUCUAUAUCGCCUAAAUGUCACUGUUUACAUCUCUCUGGGAUAAUGCCCAUUUCAUGUUAUGUGAUGUCAUGAAUACUUCAUUAUCUCACUAUAUAACACAUUAAAGAACUGACGCCUUCUCGCACAUGAGCUGGCAGGGUAGAGCCUGAAUACAAAAGCCUUCUACCCCCUGUGGAUUAACUGUACGAGGCAUGCAACGGCUGCUUUUCUAGUCAUGUGGCGACGAGAGAGAAUCGCUUUCCUGGCCUUGUGAUUGAACCAUAAGCUGUCAUGUCCUGAUAAACUGUUCAUGUGGUGCCUAAAAUGCACAGCUCCAGCAUCCUCAAUAUGCCGAAUUAAUUGUCUUGAGUAGUAUUCUAGUCAUGGAUUUCUUCAGAGCAGGCUCUUGGAUAGAUCUGACUUAGUAAAAGCAUUACACCCAUACCCGAAAAAAAGGACUUAACAAUGCUGACAACUAUCUUAUUUUUAACUAUUCACUAUACUGUAUAUCAAUUGUGUUAUGUUACAAAUGGCUCAGAUUAUCCUUUUCAUAGCCUCUGCUCUGGGCAGCCUUUGUAAUACUGCAAAUAGACACAGAGGUACAGUGCAGCAGAUUUCUGCAAGUGUCUAUGCAUAAAAUGAAAAUGCAGCAGGGGGUGACAAUGCUUAUCUGAGCCACAAAUCAUGUGAUUAUGAGUAAACUGAACACUAAUGACAGGCCAAGGAAAUAUGUUUACUCCAUGUUUACAUUCCAGUGAUGCAUGAAAUGAGUUGGGGGAAAUGCACUUCAUAUUUUCAGCCUGGUGCAUUUUCACAUAGCAAGCAUCCACUAGGAGGUACAGAGCCUGUGUCAAAUGGAGACUUCCACCAAGUGGUCCCAAGAUCAUGUUAUUGUCCCUGCCAGGCUUUCUUAUUAAAACAAUGCAGCCAGCUGUAGGCUACAUUGCAUAUAUUUGUCUUGUACAAUUUAUAUUUAAUUCUGAUGACUCCCCAGACGUUUUCUAAUAUUUUAUGAACCUUUUGCAUCCCAUGCUUACUCUACUUUUUUACUGUCACUCAUAGGUGUGAAUGGUCUGAAGUGUGCAGCAUUCGUCGGAUCAUUGACAGUCCCAAUAAAAAGGUUCAGUUUUUUUGCAACUUCA